AUGAUGUUUCCCGUCAGUGAAAUACCCACGAUACUAUACGGCAACUCUAGUAUAAUCGUCAAGAACUCUCAAGAUGAUUCGUCGUCGCCCUACGUGGUUAACUUGGCUCUCGGGGUUAUUUUCCUCUUUGUUUCCCUGCGAUUAGUGACAUUGAAGACACAGUCUACCACACCACCCUGCGAGAGAAUAAUCGAAGAGGCAGAACGGGCAAACCGUCGCAAUGGACAUGAAAAUGCUGGCUUCCUGUCCAAAGAGGCAGGAUUCUCGCCACUCCAAACAAUGAAGACACUUCCGCCUUCCCAUGCAGCAUGGGACCGACUUGUUGCCGACCUACCUCGCCUGAUCCAAUCCCAAACCGUCCGAGAUGCUGUCACCAAUAUUCCACUGCUUGAUGCAUCCCCCGAAGCUUUGCCCGACAUUUACCUCCAAAGGGCCGCCACCAUCCUCGGAAUGACGGCCCAUGUGUUUGUCCGCAUGGAAGGAAGCGAGCCUCUCACAUUGAAAUACGACAGCCAUGGCGAUAUACUGCCACCAUCGCUUGAGAUCCCCUGGACGGUAGUGUGCAGACGUCUUGGGCGACCAGCCCCGGCUCUGACCUAUGUGGACGGGGUGGUAGCCAAUUUCACAUCAACCAGUUCGUCACACAGUGGUGUAAUGCUCGAGAACUUGGAGAUACUCGUCCCAACUGUCGGUACCAAAGAAGAGCACACAUUCAUUGGCAUAAUGGUUGAAAUAAAUGCUAAGACGAUACCGAUUCUCCAACAAAUCAUCAAGGCCCAGAGAUCUGUUUUGGCAAACGAUUCCUCUUCGCUCAAAGACGUAAUACGAAGCCUCCAUUCACUCACCAAACAAAUCACCCGGAUUCUCAGCAAGCUAAAUGCGAGCCGAGCACACAAGACCCAUAUUGAUCCCGUCAUAUGGACGCUCACUGUAGGGAAUUUGGGAAUUCCUUGGGUGAAAGGCAUGGUUGGAGCAGCAGGUACAGCACAUCCAUUCUUUCACAUGAUGGAUGAAUUUACCGGACGAUUUGAAUAUCUUACCGGUAUUGGCAAAGAAGCGCAAAUUGUUCGAGCUACGUAUCCUAUUCAUUGGCGGCAGUUUCUCGAAGCCAUGAUGGAAGUUUCAGUCUCGGAAUAUGUUGCUGCUUCCAAGGAUAGAGAGUUAAUGGACCUCUGGAAAACCUUUACAUCCUCAUAUCACGGCAAUGACGGUUUACUAGGAUUCCACCGACGAAAGGUGUUCGGCUUUCUCGCUGUCUCGUUCAGGAUUGGGCGAAGCACAACGAUCAAUGGUCUGGGCCACAAGCGCAGGACAGAGCCCUGGCACGAGGUCGAUCAAGAAUUGGAAAAGGCGCGCCUGGAACGCAGUUGUCUCGACCAAGAUGAACAGGAUCCGGAUACUGAACCUAGCUCGAACAAAGUCUUUGUAUCCGAGCUCAUCAAACAUAACUCAGAUGAAUCUGGUUAUUGGUUUUCAGCCAAGGGGAGUGUAUACGAUGCAAGCACCUUUAUGCAAAAUCAUCCGGGAGGGGAUACUGUGAUUGCGUUGUGCAGCGGACACGACAUUACCGACAGCUUGAAGGCAGUCGGUCAUUUGACGAACUCUUCGAUUCGCAAUAAACUGGAAACUUAUCGGAUAGGGACACUGGAAAAGCCGAAAUUUGCUUCUUCCCAGAUAGAAGAGGUGUACAUGGCUGCUGUUGAUCUUGGUCAAAAGGCAGCUGAAAUGGAAAACGUCCAUCGGAGGAAUUUCCAGUUGUUGGAGGGGAAACUCACCGUGCUGGAUAAGCCAGAGGCUCUCACACCUAAGAAAGCACGACAUCUGCUUGAUGCAAAGAAUAGACUCCAGGGCGAGUAUGUUCCGGCAUUAGCGACGCUUCUAGAUGUCCUACUCGAGAGUAUCGCGGUGCUGGACAUGAAGCUUAACCUAAGUACCACUCGUGCGAGAAUAGUCGGUCUUCUGUCGCCAAGAACAGGCUCAGGCACUGCAGCCCGUUUCUUGGACUAUGGAAUGGCGUUAGACACGCUGCGGAAGGACUUGAGUCGGUUGAUUGAAGUAAAAGAGCUUGUUGCAAUAAUCCUUGGGACCUUCGAAGCUGGCUUCACAUAUUUUGAGCAAAGUCGGCUUGAAUAUAUUGUGGGCACGUUAAAUAGAGUAGCAAGCCACUUAGUAGUGCUUGCUCGGAAAUGA